AGGGGGCAGAUAUUGUCCCUUAAUGGUAAAGGUGUGACUGCAGUGGAAGUGGAAGAGAGGGGGUACGCGAAAGGAUGGUAGCUAAUCCCUUCAGGGGGUAUUCCAAGCUAAAAAGUUUGGGAACCACUGGCCUAGCCUAUAUUUCGAAUAUCUUGGUGAUUUUUUGUGUGCGUGAGAAACAUUAGCUUAUUCUGAAUUUUUGUAUGCAAUUGCCUUUGAAUGUAUUAUGUAUUAUUUUAAUAUUCAUAUAUAUCCAGCUGAAACGGCUAAUUGCACGAACAGCGAUAUUUUACCGAUAGAUUAAUCACUUUGUUGUAAGAAAGGUCACGGGCAAUACGAGGCUUGUGCCUAUACACAAUGGUCUGUAAAUGUGAAAAAAAUGAUUUAUUAAGAAAUUAAGCGUUUAUUAAAAAAUAGACUGAUUUAUUAACCAGUCCCCUUUCAGUGCAACAAUUUGGAUCAUUUGAUGGGUCAUAAUCUCGUGCAAUCUGUAACCAAAUAAUGUGAUUUAUCAUUUGAUAUCAUUGGAAAGCUAUUGUUACCCCGAAUGUGCCUGUGGCAAAUUCACAUGUACGCAGAUGUCCCUUUUAAAAAACGCUGUUAAUGGUACCAGCCGAACACGACUAAUCAGGCAGCGUUGUAUACUAAUAUUGUUCAGCUGGUGCUCUUGUGUAGGACUGUUUCUCUCAUAACGUUAUGAUGGAUGGGCUGCACACUCGCCAGUCCUUUGAGCAGCUCAACGUGAUACCCGCUUAUUCAGCACAAAGACACGUGGAUAUUUGCAUCAAAACCCACUCUGUCAUCUCCUGUCUCUUUUCCACCUACAUAUAAACUUACACGACACAAUAACUAUUUGACCUAGUUCAUGUCAAAUGUCAUGCAAGGUUCAAACUAAGUAAGAUCAAAUAAAUGUGAAUAGCUAAAGGCCUAUGAAGCCAAGAAACUUUAUACAAAAUGUUUGGUUAUGAAAAAUUGCUGCAUAUUUUCACAAGUGUUUUAGUAGCUUUAAAGCAAUCACUAUUCCCAUUAUUUGCAUGCAAUAACAUGCAUAAUGUGCAUUUUAUGUUUUUGUUGUUCUGAAACAGCUUACAACCUCGUUAUUUUAGUCCUAUUUUAACAUGCAAUGUGUGUAAUAUGGACUGUAUAAAAGGCUAGUAAAAAAAAAAAAAAAAUCAGCUUCAGAAGUGUGGAACGUUCUUUUAAUUUCUAAGAUGACUAAAUAAAUACAUAUUUCCACAAACGACAAAUCAGUGCACUGAAAAAAAUUAUAUUCUCAAUAAGUUGACAACAUAUGUUUUUACAUUGCUUUAACUCAUCAAAAUAAGUUAAGCAAUUUUCAACUUUUUUAAAGCCAGUUUAAUGUAUUUUAAGUUGAAAUUACUUAAACAUCCAAGUUCAUUGUAAUUAAAAAUUAAAGGCAGCAACUCUUUUUUUUUAAAAGAGCGUUAUGUGUUGUAUAGGAAAAAAAUCAGGUUAUUAUUAUAUUCACACAGAUUUGUGGUAGGUUAUGGGAUUUGCUUUUUAACUUUGUACUCAAAAAAUGUUGUAUGCAUAAUACACAAAAUUUUGUAGGCCUAAAUGCAAAAUAUAUUUGUAAUCCAAUAGUAAUAUAUCAUUAGGCUGCUGGAUGAUAUGAUGCAGGUGGAGGCAGAGAUGAUGGAGAGACAUGUCAAAAGCAUAAUACAAUGAGACCCAUAGCCACGUGUCAGUAACUGACUUAAUCAGCUGAACUUCGGGGCUAAUAAAAGCCACAGAGCCCUCGCAUAAGAACAGUUCAGAGGACUGCACCAGAGAGACUUUGUGAGUAGCCUAUUGCAGUACUUAUGAUGGAGUACAGUUACCUAACGUCUACUGCAUACGAGUCUGGGAUGGACACCGGGCGAACUUCUAGCCGCUCCACGGAGUUCAGCUCCUGCAGUCAGCCCUUCAGCUUUCAAUAUAACAGGUGCAAUUUAGGUAACACAAGCAGUUGCCAUUUCAUUGCGCCCGGUUCUCAUCAACCCUCACACUACAUAACAGUUCAUCACAAUCUUUUGAGUUAUGAACGAGGCAUCCAGGAGAGACGCAAACAAAGACGCGUCCGCACCAUCUUCACCAGCGCGCAGCUGAAAGCGCUCGAGCGCGUGUUCUCACUGACUCAUUAUCCAGACAUCUACACGCGAGAAGAGCUCGCGCAGGAGAUCCAUCUUACUGAAGCUCGAGUUCAGGUCUGGUUCCAGAACAGACGCGCUAAAUUUCGUAAACAAGAGCGCGCGGCCACAUGGAUUGAGUCAUCAUCUAAAGUGCACAGUUCGCCUUCUCACGACAGCUCCAAAACAACGACGGUUCCUGACCCAGACAGCACACAACCCACUCUUACCCUAACCGAAAACCAGAAACAGGACAGCAGCAGUCUCAGAGAGAGCCAAGCUCCGGAAGAACUGGCCUUGUUAGGCGUAACUUCUCUGGAAGCACAGAGGUCAAGCCGUCACCAAACUCACUGUGCAGCAGCUGCGUGCAUGUGUUGAGCAGUGAAAGACAUGAUGUGCCAUUUCAAACAUCACUGUUUAGAUCUCAGUUAGUGCCAUUUCCUAACCUUAUUUAUCUGUUAGGAUCUCAUGUAAGAGGUCAUGCAUAUUUUGCAACAGCGCUUGGGAAAACAACAACAAAAAAGUUUGUAUGGAUAUGGGAGACAUGCUAGAAUUAUCUUUUUUUAUUGUAUUGAAUUCAUGCAGUUGGGUAGAAAAUCAUUCCACAUACUGUAAUCUUUUAU